AUGCCGACCUUGCCGUCGCCCCUUUUGAGCCUUAUUAGAAGCAAAGAUGGCCUUCAGAGGUUGCUUACACACUGUAACGCUUUACAUACACAGUCUGGAACAUGGCUAUUAAAUACCCGGGCGCCGUUGAGAGCUCGCACAGGGGAACCGAAAUUUAGUCUCUUAACCCGGAGAAGCUGGAGUCCGCAGGGAAGGCUACCAAUACUGAACAUGUGCACUACUUCUGUGGACGGCGACGAUAUGACCAACUGGCUGUGGUCUGUCUACAAUGAAACCAAAAAGCAGACCGAAGAUUUAGUCCCAAUUAUAUCAAAUAAUUUUGUGAACCCUGAUACCAUCUUUGCCAACAACGAAAUGAGUUUACAAGACAUUGAAAUCUACGGAUUUGACUACGACUACACUCUAGCGUUCUACUCCAGUCACCUUCACACGCUCAUUUUCAACAUCGCACGAGACAUCCUCAUCGAAGAGCACAGGUACCCAGAGGGACUGAGAGAGUAUGAGUACAUCCCGAAUUUUGUGAUUAGGGGGCUGCAUUAUGACGUCCAGAAGGCUUUAUUAAUGAAGAUAGAUGCCUUCCAUUAUAUCCAGUUGGGAACAGUAUACAGGGGCCUUCACCCUGUGUCAGACAAAGAAGUCAUUGCUUUAUAUGAGGGCUCCCACGUUCCUUUGGAGAUAAUGAGUGAUUUUUAUGGCAAGAGUUCCCAUGGUCACACUAUGAAACAGUUCAUGGACAUCUUCUCCCUCCCAGAGAUGACUCUGCUCUGCUGUGUCAACGACUACUUCAUGAAACACAACAUUGACUACGAGCCCGUGCAUCUUUACAAAGACGUCAAAGAGGCCAUAGGAGAUGUCCAUGUUAGAGGAAUUAUGUAUCGGGCUGUGGAGGCUGACAUCGAGAAGUAUAUCUGUUAUGGUGAGCAGACACAUGCUGUUUUGAGGAAGCUCUCUGAAAAUGGAAAGAAAAUGUUCCUGAUUACCAACAGCCCCUUUGACUUUGUCAAUCGUGGAAUGAACUACAUCGUUGGCAAAGACUGGCGGGACCUCUUUGACGUUGUCAUAGUGCAGGCAGACAAACCCGGUUUCUUUAACGACAGGAGAAAACCAUUCAGACGUGUCACUGAUAAAGGAGUGCUGCUAUGGGACAGGAUUCAUCACUUAGAAAAAGGGCAAAUUUACAAACAGGGAAACCUAUAUGAGUUUCUAAGGCUCACAGGCUGGAGGGGAUCCAAGGUGCUGUAUUUCGGAGAUCACAUCUACAGUGACCUAGCGGACCUGACGCUGAAGCAUGGCUGGAGGACCGGGGCCAUCAUCCCUGAGCUGCGUAAGGAGAUAAAGAUCAUGAACACUGAGGAGUACGUCCACACUGUGACCUGGCUGCAGGCUCUCACCACACUGCUGGAGCACAUGCAGGUGCACAGAGACCCAGCAUCCCAAGCGGUGAUUCAGCAGUGGAUCACAGAGAGGGAAGACAUGAGGUCACGCACAAAAGACAUUUUCAACGCUCAGUUUGGGAGUCUGUUCCGCACCUACCACAACCCCACCUACUUUUCCCGUCGACUCUCCCGUUUCGCCGACAUCUACAUGGCUUCUCUCAGCUGCCUGCUCAACUACGACCUGAAGCACACCUUCUACCCCCGCCGCACCCCUCUCCAGCAUGAGUCACCCUUCUGGCCAGAGCAGACCAGUGCCGGGGCUAUGAACAUCCCCUUUCAUAGCCACAGGGUGGACAAAGACUCCGAAUAG